UUAGACUUGCGUAUUUGUUGUUUACAAUCGCUUGUUUGUUUGCCGGUUGUUUUCUAGUUGAGCAACAGUUUGACAGCCACUGUUUUCAUUAAACUGUGUGAUAUUGAGAGUAAUUUAACCGGUUUAAAUUUUUCUUUAAUACGGCGAAUGCAAUUUCGGCAUAGCAUUCAGCAUAUAAUCGGAGUAAUGCGACAAUCCAUUAAUGAUUUCGUGAUACAGUGCUUUAUUAUGCUUCAGUGCUCAAGUAUUUCAGUUGUUUCUCUGAUUUUGUCUAAAAAUCUCAGGCAGGCAUGCAACUUAGUUGGUACUCCAAUUCAGCCCACUGUCCUGGUGCAUGGCGGCUCCGGCAAUAUAGCCGAUGUCAAGCUACCCAAAAUUCGAAUAGGCGUCAAAAGAGCAGCUCGCAUUGGCUUCGAUGUGCUGCAGAGGACGGGCAGUGUUUUAGAUGCCGUGGAGCAGGCAGUCAAUUCUCUGGAAGAAGACGGCAAUUUCAAUGCCGGCUAUGGCUCCGCGCUUACCUAUGAGAGUCAAGUGGAAAUGGAUGCUGCCAUCAUGCAUGGCGCACAACUGGAGGCAGGCUGCGUUUCCCUAGUGCGAGACAUUAUCCAUCCCAUUACGCUGGCCAGACGCAUCAUGGAAAAGACACGACAUCGAUAUUUGGCAGGCGAAGGCGCCAUGCGCAUAGCUGCAGCCGAAGGCUUCGACAUACUGCCCAAGGGCGCUUUGGUUACAGCAGCCUCACUUGAAUCCCUGGCCAAGUUCAAGGAAAUCUUGAAUAAAACGGGCGGAAGCGACUCAUAUGGUUCGCCGGGUACUGUUGGCGCUGUGGCAGUUGAUGCCUGUGGUAAUGUGGCUGCAGCUACCUCAACAGGCGGCAUCACUGGUAAACUGCCAGGUCGUAUCGGUGACUCUCCGGUAUUGGGCGCUGGAACCUAUGCAGACAACGAGUCGGGUGCUGUGUCUGCCACGGGUCAUGGCGAGUCUAUAAUGCGCUUCAAUGUUGUAUCCCGUGUACUGGCAUUAGUCCACCACAGUAAUUGUACAAUUCAACAGGCUGCAGAGCAAGUGCUGGGUGAGAUGACGAAACGUUUCAAUGAAACUGCUGGCAUCAUAGCCAUAGACCAUCUCGGUCAACUGGGCAUCUACUUUACAUCACAACGAAUGUCCUGGGCAUAUCAGCGUGGCACAGAACUACAUUGCGGUGUCGAUCCUGACGAAGAUGAGUUCGAAAUUGUGAUACAGUAAUUGGUCAAAAGUAAUGGCAAUAUGAGCUAGAUUGACAAUGUAUUCAUAUUAUACUAAGAAAAUUUGAUCUUUACGCCAGAAUUGACCAUGAAAAUGAAUACCAUGAUCCAACUACAAUCACAAUGUACUCCUAAAUCACUAACAAACUUAAAUAAGAAUCUUUAAAGCUGGACGCAGCCAGACAUAAUAAAUAAAUACAAAAUAUAAGUCUGUCCGUUUUAAACUGAACAGCAAUAAUCACAGCUUCCACAAAUGGCAAAGAGGGAAGACUUUGGCUG